AUGGAUCGUUAUGAAAAAUUGACAAGAAUAGGAGAAGGUGCCUACGGUGUUGUGUUUAAAUGUCGUCAUCGUGAUACUGGUGACAUAGUUGCUAUAAAAAAGUUCACAGAUUCUGAAGAAGAUCCAGUUAUUCACAGAAUUGCAAUGCGAGAGAUCCGUACACUUAAACAAUUGAAACAUCCAAAUUUGAUAAAUUUAAUUGAAGUAUUCAAACGCAAACGUCGUUUACACUUGGUAUUUCAAUAUGUUGAUCAUACAUUACUACAUGAAUUAGAAAAGCAUCCGAAAGGGUUGGAUCGAUUGCAGAUCAGAAAGUUGACGUAUCAGUUAUUACAAGCAGUGAACUUUUGUCAUGCGCACAAUUGUAUCCAUCGUGAUGUUAAACCAGAGAAUAUACUUAUCACAAAAGCUGGUCAACUGAAGUUAUGCGAUUUCGGUUUCGCAAGAUUAUUAACUGGACCAGGAGAUGAGUACACCGAUUAUGUGGCAACACGAUGGUAUAGAGCACCGGAAUUACUAGUCGGUGAUACACAAUACGGGACACCAGUGGAUAUAUGGGCUAUUGGAUGUGUAGUUGCUGAAAUGCUCACUGCUGUACCUUUAUGGCCUGGUCGAUCUGAUUUAGACCAACUGCACCUGAUUACACGAACACUGGGUGAUUUGGUUCCAAGACAUAGAGAAAUUUUUGAGAAAAACAGUUUUUUCAAAGGCUACAAACUGAUCGUACCCGAGAAUCGAGAAGAUUUGGAAGAGAAAUUUACUUCAUUACAACCACCUAUCACUUCGAAAGAAUUAAACUUUCUACAGAGCUGUUUAAGUAUGGAUCCUACAGAAAGACUCAAUAGUGAGGCGUUAAUUAAACACCCAUAUAUGGAAAUGCACGGUAGACAACCACAAUACUCUCAUGGUGAAUUGAAACAAAUACCUGGUGCUGGUGGAGAUGGAUACUGUCAUGGAAUGAAGAAAAAACCUGAACAUAGUUUUAUACAAAAACCAAAUGCUAAGUCAAUAAUGGUUAAUCAGAUAAUAACAGGUACAAUAGUACCAAGACGUAAAUAUCAACAACAAAAUCAGCAAUCAUGUUAUCAUUCACAACAACAAAUAAAUGAUCGAAAUCAGACAACUGGAACACCAGUCAACGAAUCACAUGCAACUUCACCUACAUGUUUCGCUUCAACUAGUAUUACUCCAAGUUUAAAUGUUGGUCGAACAAAUUGGUUUGUACCUGGUAUUGUAGGUCAAGGUUUAUAUAAUCCAUCACAAACGGGAUUACCUGCACUUCCAACGAACCAACAUAUUCAAGCAACACCAGUAUCCACGACAAUAAAUAACCCUCAAUCUCUAAUGAUAACAAGCAAUCAAAAAUCAAAUGCAGGCUGGAAAUAUAACAGAUCGAAUCAGAUUACUGGUAUGUCUACAGGUAUUGCUAACAAUUCAUUUGCCCACCUUCCUAAUCCUGAAAAUAGUAACAACAAUACUACUAAUAACCACCGAAUACAGAUAAUGGACAGAUAUCUAGCAAUACAAAUGUAG